GAUAAUGUGACAUAGUUUAAGUAGUUUUUGAUAUUUGUAAUUUGUAUAAUAAGUGGGGUCAAUGUUAGUACACUAAAUAGUGUUGGUACACUAGUUAGUACACUAAUUGAUAUAUGUAGCAGUAGUACCACCAUUUUAGAUUAGUUCAAUUGAUAACACUAUUAGUGUUUUUGAUAGAAAAUUAUUACUGAAUUGUUUGAAGUUACCUCACCGAAUUGAAGUAUGACAUGUGCUGCUUAUGUACAUAUUUUCUAUUAAAAAAUGCAAAUAAUUGUAAUUAAUUAGAUUAAAUUGAGACAAAAUCAUAAAUUUAUGGUCCAAAUCGAUCUAAUUGAAAUUAAAGGGACUAAAAGGAAACAUGAAACAAAAUAUAGGAAUUACUAACAUAAUAAGGGGUGAUUAUUCAGUAUUCUCGAAGUAUGAACACAUGAUACUCCAUAAAGUUUUGAUUGGUAAGGAGAGGUAGGGAUCCACGAUUUAUAUUGGGGAUGUGAGAACAAUAUACGAGUUAAGUAAUUGGUGGCUGACUUGGAACAUGAUCACGUGGUAUUCCGGGAUUAUUAAAUAAUUUUCCCAUAAUAAGUCCUUUUCUUGCUCUCUCUUUUUCGGGAAAGAAUGAAAAAAAGGACUAAAUCAUAUAUUGUAAAAUUCACUCACUGGCAUCAUAUGUUCAGGGACUAAAUGAUGGUGGAGUUGAAGAUAUAGUUUACCAACCCCUGAAGAAUCCCAGACAAGGUGGAUUCAAGGGUACCAUUUUCAUCUUUGCAAUGAUGGGGCUGGACAACAUUGGUUUUGUGGCGAACAUGGCAAGCAUGGUUCUAUAUUUCUUGUACGUCAUACACUUUGAUCUCUCUGGCUCUGCAACUACAACAACAAACUAUUUGGGAACUGUAUUCUUGCUUACGCUCGUUGGAGGGUUCAUCUCUGAUACCUACAUGAACCGCCUUAACACGUGUCUACUCUUUGGUACAAUCCAGUUGUUGGGAUAUCUAUUACUAAUUGUUCAAUCUCAUUUUCAUAAACUGCAACCUGAAUUUUGUGGGAAGUCCAGCUGUGUGCAUGGUACUAAAGGUUUGCUGUUUUACGCUUCUAUCUUCUUGGUGGCGUUGGGAGGAGGUGGAAUCAGAGGCUCGGUGCCUGCUUUAGGUGCUGAUCAGUUUGACCAAAACGAAGCAAAGGAAAGCAAGUACAUAGCCACCUUCUUCAAUUGGUUUUUGCUUAGUAUAACUGUUGGGGCUUCAGUAGGGGUGACGGUUGUAGUGUGGGUAAGCACAAAUGUCGGAUGGGAUAAGGGUUUCAUCAUCUCCAUGAUUUGUGCUUUUCUUGGACUUUGUUUUAUUUCACUAGGAAAGCCUUUUUAUCGCAUUAGAAUGCCAGGCGAAAGUGCAUUGUCAAGUGUUUUACAGGUUUUGGUGGUGACAAUAAGAAAUUGGGCAGUGCGCCUACCCGAGAACUCACGUGACUUAUAUGAGACUCGUGGCCCUGAGUCUGCGUCAUAUCGAGAAUGCAUUCCCCAUACUAACCAAUUCAGGUUAUUGGACAAAGCUGCUGUUCUUCCGGAGGGCAUCAUCAAGCCAAAGAAAUGGAGAGUUUGCACAGUGACUCAAGUAGAAGAAGUAAAGAUACUAACAAGAAUGAUGCCAAUCCUUCUGAGCACCAUUUUGAUGUACACAUGCUUAGCCCAACUGCAGACUUUUUCUGUCCAACAAGGAACCCUUAUGAACACUAAACUAGGUGGUUUUGAUGUCCCAGCGGCCUCAAUCCCUGUAAUUCCUCUGGUGUUCAUGUCUCUUCUUAUACCUGUUUAUGAAUUUGCCUUUUUUCCCAUAGUGCGUAAAUUCACUGGUCACCCAAAUGGCAUAACCCAUCUCCAGAGGGUCGGAGUUGGACUUGUUCUCUCUGUUAUUUCGAUGGGCGUGGCGGGGUUCAUAGAAGUGAAAAGGAAGAAUGAGAUCAUUCAUCACAACCACCGCAUCAGCCUCUUCUGGCUCUCUUUUCAUUAUGCAGUCUUUGGAAUAGCGGACAUGUUCACAUUCGUUGGGCUAUUGGAGUUCUUUUACAGUGAGGCUCCUGCUGGCAAGAGAUCUCUCUCCACUUCUUUCUCAUUUCUCUCGUUGUCUAUAGGCUACUACUUGAGCUCGGCUUUCGUGGGGCUCAUUAACUUGGUGAGUGCUAAGCUCAGUUCGAGCAAGAGAGGGUGGCUAGAAGGGCUUGACAUGAAUAAGAACCGCGUAGAGCUCUUUUAUUGGUUCUUGGCAAUUCUCAGCAUUCUCAAUUUUGUCAAUUAUGUGUUCUGGGCUAAAUGGUUCAAGUACAACAAAGAUGUUCCGAUAGAUGGACAAAAGCUUCUCAUUAGACCCCACCCGGAUGAAUCGGUCUCAGUGUAAGCCUGAGGUGUGAGUUUAAGCUAGCUG